GUCGGUCACUCGGCUCCGGAAACGUUUCACUUUCUACCGAAUUGAAUUAUUCGUUCGCUUUUAUCGUGGUGCGGUAUCGGUAGAAGCUGUAUUUUCUCCGGCUGGUGCAAAGAAAUGGUUGAGUAAUCCUUCUAGAUAACACCGCGAGUGCCUGUAUUGACAAACUCGUUCGUUAAUCGAGUCGAAGGUGAAACAGAGAUGUCCGACCCUCCGGCAGGCAAAGGACCACCAAGCAUCAUAACAAUGGUGUUCUCCGUUCUCACCCAUGUCCUUUUGUUGGCGCCGGUGCUAUACAUUGUUACUCUCGCCUUCUGGAAUCUGCUACUUUUCUCUUGGCACCCCAUCUGCAUGAGCCUCGGAGUCGGCCUCCUGAUAAUGGAAGCCGUCUUCAGCAUUUCCGGCGAGGCGUAUCUCGGCUGGAAGCUGUCAAGGUCGAAACGGGUGACCAUGCACUGGAUCCUACACACGGUGGGCCUGGUUUUGCUGCUGAUCGGUCUGAUCAUCAUCGUGGUGAACAAGAACCAGCACAAUAAAUCGCAUUUCGUCACGCCUCACUCGAUCCUCGGGCUGAUCAGCAUCAUCAUGGUGUUCCUGACCGCAGGCUUCGGCAUCGUGACCAACAAUCCGAAGUGGGUCUACCCGAAGGUCAGGCCCGUCCUCUUGAAAAUCAUGCACGCGUUCGGUGGCAUCGCUGUCACGAUACUCCUGCUGGCCUGUAUCAUCACCGGCACCUACACCGGCUGGUGGAAGUUCAGCGAGACAGGGAGGAACUUGGUGUUCGCGUCUCUCUUCAUCGCUGGCUUCUUCAUCCUGCUGAAACCGAUCCUGGGAGCCGUCUCCAGGAGCAGGGUCGUCUUCGGGCCACCCCCUACCACCACGUAAUCGGUAAUACAUUAACAGACAUUCCGAGGUCAUCGACGUUAUUGCUCCACUUUGGGGUUGUUGUGAACUUUCAGUUUGAACAAAAAAUGAAUUUCAGAAAACGUUCUCUAUCCGCGGCUUCUACAUUUUUCUUUUUUCUUUUUUUGGAUCAUUCAGAGUGCAAAGAUGCAUUUUUUUGGGGGGGACGUCCCUCGGUGAAUUUAUUUCUCUGGAUAACAACCCCUAGCGAAAGAUAUACUCGCUGUUUAUGUUUUGGAUAAUCACUGUGUUCAAAACUCGUUCACCGGUCGAUCAAAGAGUUUUUAGAUUGGUGGAAGGGAUGUUAGACUCCGUUCGAGAUUAAAAUAAUGAUGAAUAAUGAAUAACGAGUAUCGACUAAGAAGCUUCGAGCCAGGCUGGCUCGCUGGCAUCGAUAACUUGCAUUUCCGUAGAAAAACAUACUUGGACACUUAUCGGAUCACGUACGAUCAGAUAAAGUAUUGUAGACGAUAUCGCGACCGACGCUUUGUUUGCCAAAUUGCUGGAAGUGGAAGUUAAUAUACUUCUUUUUUUGAGAGUCUCGUAGAUGGUAAAAACAGUGGCUCCGAAAAGUAUUUGAACUAUUAUAGUUCCGUGAAAAAUUAUGGUCUCGUUUAAAAUCUUCGCAAUCCAAGUAUUAGUUUCUUCUAGAAAACAUUUGGAAACUUGAUGUUUAUAACGAUUUUUUAUAAAAUCAUAGCAGUUUAAAAUAUCGACAAUUAUUCAGAAAUUGAUAACUUAGUGUACGCUUUUUGGAGCCACUAUAAGUAGUGGUGGAAUUUCGUGAGACACGAAGAGAAAUCACUUUUGAGCCCCUCACUUUAAACUGUAUAUCUCUGAAGGAAAAGGGCACUUUUAUUCUCUAAUUAUGUUAAUAACAAAAUGUAACAUAGUUAAACGUAAGCGUGAUCGCCAAUGAUAGUAAUCCACCACUGGAUAGAGAACUAUCCAAAUCAAGUUCGUUUUAUACAUGCGACUAGUUGUCAUUUGUUACUUAAAUUUUUAUAUAUUCCGUCCUUCGACAGCUGCUCGAAGAAGCUGCUACGAGAAUCUGAUUGAAACAGCUGAGAAUACUUGUUAGGGCAACUGUGCUCCAUAAAGUAUAUCUCUUUCCGUUACCAUUAUUGUGUUCAACGUGUUGCCAACGUAUAUUCCAAGUAAUGUACCGAAAACAAAUGAAAAAAGUAGUGUCGAAGUCGCUGACGGAAAAUAAUUGUUUUACUAGAUUUAAUUAAGUAGUAUUUAUAAGUACGUGUAUGUUCUUUGAUUCAAACCAAUUCAAAUUUACCGCGGAACUUGUGGCGCCUCUUGUGGUACAACUAGGAAGCUUCCUUCGACCUGUGUACAGCGCCAAUUGACGUAGUGAGAAAGCGCUAAAAUUAUCUACGCACGAUAACUCUGAAGGAAUUACAGAUGACGCUGCCAUGCUAAUUCUUGGGAAAUACCGUGCAGCACCAUGUGUCGUUAAUUCGAGAAUUAAAAUACGUCUUCAGAGUUAUCAUUUGUGAAUAAUUUCGGCAAAUAGUGUGGGCAUUUUCUCAUUACGUCCAUUGGCGCUGUAAAAAGAAAUUAUUGGCGGUAAAUUUCAAUUAUUUUGAAACGAGAAAAAACAAGGCAUUGCCUAGAAAUGUGCAAGAAGCCGAAAAUUUUAGUCCAGCUUGGAUCGAGAUGAGACGAAAAUUCAUCUUGAGGUUCGGACUCUAGCAUACCUAUUUUAUUCACCAAAAAGAAGAAAAAAAGAGACUAGACCAUAAAUAUUUAAUAUAAUUCGACCUAGAAGAAAUAUAUGUAUAAAUAUCGAUAGUUUAUUAUAAUAAUUACACGCGCAUCACAUAUACGUAUAUAUAGAAUUGACAUAAUGUAUAUAUCCUUCACAAUGCAAUGUAUAUGUAGAUUAAUAGAAUUUCUUAUUUUUGGAUAUCACGCAAGCUCAUCGCGUAUGAAUUCGUUCUCCCGGUUCUUUUCAUCGUUACUAUCAAAUUUUGUAAUACUACUCCGUCUGUUAACAUUUUUACGCAAGUGUCUGUAUACCUAAAUAUAUCCUAUUUUACUUUA